CUUGGGAAAAGGAACCAGGUAAGAGGAUGUCUCAGGCCACUCCCUGGCCCUGAAGCUAUGACCACUAUGAACCCAGAGCUGACUUCUUCCUUCGUAGGGAGUCCUUGACAGGAACUGGAAGCGGAACUAUGAGCUCACCUUUGGCCUCCCUUGGUAAGACCCGGAAAGCUCCCCUGCAGCCAGAGACAUGGAGACGAAGCUUUAAAAUCUAUGGUGCUGUCCCUAUGGAUCAGAACUCGGAGGCAAUGGGCAACAUGGUGAAGAACUUACGUGACCUGGAAUGGAAGGUGAAAAUCCAGACCGAUGAGCUGCUGGACAAGGACAAGAAGAUAAAGGCCCUGGAAGAAUUAGUGGAGACCCUGCAGGGGAGCCCGGGUAAGAGGCGCUCUCCACGGGGCUCGGCUUCUCUGGGUGCCCUGAGCAUGGAGAAGCCGAGCAUGGAGCUGAGGCCUGGGUGGAGGUCUGGGCAGUGGAGCCCAGAGAGGGGCAGUGACACCCAGGCCUGUGCCUCCUGGGGUCCCGCCCUUGCACGAGGAGGGAACAGAGCAUCCCUGAAGCCUCUUCUCGGGGUGAGGGGCGACAGCACCUCUGUGGGGACAGAGGCCCAGAGGCAGUUCCUUAGGGACAGCCGCUGGGAUGGCCCACGGCAGCGGUGGCCUGGCUGCUUCCACGCUGGGCCGCGGAACCCUCCCGUCUUUCCCGAUGGUGCAGCCGCCUACAAGCAGCAGGAGCUGGAGACCACAUGCAGGAAACUGCAGAAACAGGUGGCGGAGAUGGAGCGAUUUCUUGCUGAUUAUGGCCUGCUGUGGGUGGGUGAGCCCCCGGACCACAAGGACUCAGAGGAUAGCGAGGGGGACUGGAUGACGACCAUGAAGUUCUGGAAGCCAGGGAACACACUGGCGCCCCCUGAGGUGGACUUUGACAGGCUGCUAGUCUGUCUGAAGGAUCUCAGUGAGCUGGUGGCUGAAGGUGAAACGCAGGUCGUUCCAGUGACUGGUGGGGCCCGGUUCAGGACCCUUGAGCCCAUCCCCUUGAAGCUCUACCGGAAUGGCCUCAUCAUGUUUGAUGGGCCCUUUCGGCCCUUCCAUGAACCAGCCACACAGCGCUGCCUCCGAGACAUACUGGAUGGCUUCUUCCCUUCAGAGCUCCGGCGCCUGUACCCCAAAGGGGUCCCUUUUAAGGUGAGUGACCUGCGCCAUCAGAUUUACCCAGAGAAUGGGCUGGACUCGUUCCCAGGUGAGGGGCGCGUGGUGGGCCAGAUUCACAAGAUCGUGGACAGGACAGAGAAUGCAGACCCCAGGCUGACCCCUGAGAAGUUUCUGAAGAGUCUCCCUAAAGUCAUGAUCCGGCAAGGCAAAGUGGUUGAUAUCAGAGGCCCCAUCCGGGACACUCUGCAGAACUACUGCUCCUUGUCUGCCCCGGUCCCAGAGAUCUUGGUGGAGACGCCUGCCUUGGCCGCUGAGCGAGAGAGGAGCCAGGAGUUGCCAGAGUCACCCCCACCCCAGCUCUCCUUGCUGCGUAUCAAGUCCGAGGAUGGUGAAAAGGUCUUCCGGCUAAUGAUGCAACCACAGGACACUAUUGGGGAUGUGUAUGCCCUGCUGGCAAAGGCCAGGAACCAGGAUGCUGGGACCUUCGAGAUCUUCAGCACGUUCCCGCCUGUGGUUUACAACGACCACUCGGUUACACUGCAGGAUGCAGGCCUAGUGCACAACGCCAUGCUGCUGCUCCGGCCUCCCCGGGGCCCACUCACUACCAACCCCCGACCCCUGCCCGGGCCCUGAAUAAA